AUGGUCAGCUCCUGUUGUGGAUCCGUCUGCUCCGGCCAGGGCUGUGGCCUAGGCUGCUGCCGCCCCAGCUGCUGCGUGUCCAGCUGCUGCCGCCCCACCUGCUGCAUUUCUAGCUGCUGCCGCCCCUCUUGCUGUGGCUCCAGCUGCUGCAGGCCCUCCUGCUGCAUUUCUAGCUGCUGCCGCCCCUCUUGCUGUGGCUCCAGCUGCUGUGGCUCCAGCUGCUGCCGCCCCUCCUGCUGCAUUUCUAGCUGCUGCCGCCCCUCUUGCUGUGGCUCCAGCUGCUGUGGUUCCAGCUGCUGCCGCCCCUGCUGCUGCCCCUCCUGCUGCCUCCGCCCACCCUGUGGCCAGGUGUGCUGCCACACCAACUGCUACCGCCCCACCUGUGUCAUCUCCACCUGCCCCCGCCCCAUGUGCUGCGCCGUCUCUGACUGCUGA